AAUUGACAGCUGAGCGGUGGCGCGGCCAGCUGUGGGUGGAGUCACUCCGGGGCCUGGACGGGAACCUGGCAGGGUCAGCUCCCGUCAAGAAGCUUGGCUGAUGGCUGUGUGGGGCCUGGGGAGUCGUCUUGGCCUGCGCGGAUGCUUCGGCGCCGCCAGGCUCCUGUAUCCCCGUUUCCAGAGCCGCAGCCCUCAGGGCGUGGAAGACGGGGACAGGCCACAGCCUUCCUCGAAGACACCCAGGAUCCCCAAGAUUUACACCAAAACGGGAGACAAAGGGUUUUCUAGCACCUUCACAGGAGAAAGGAGACCCAAAGACGACCAAGUGUUUGAAGCCGUGGGAACUACAGAUGAAUUAAGUUCAGCUAUUGGGUUUGCUCUGGAAUUAGUCACAGAAAAGGGCCACAUAUUUGCUGAAGAGCUUCAGAAAGUGAGUAACACCGUCUUACCCCAAGCUGGGAAUCUUCAUCCCUGGUGGCCGUCACGGGACUCAGCAUCCAGCCAUCAGGUCUUCUUUGUGUCACCUGGGGCUCGUCACUCUCGCUCUAUCCAGUGCACAUUGCAGGACGUCGGCUCGGCCCUGGCAACACCACGCUCCUCGGCCCGGGAGGCUCACUUAAAGUACACCACGUUCGAGGUGGGGCCCAUCCUGGAGCUGGAACAGUGGAUCGACAAGUAUACCUGCCAGCUCCCACCACUCACGGCCUUCAUCCUGCCUUCGGGAGGCAAGAUCAGCUCAGCGCUGCAUUUCUGCCGGGCCGUGUGCCGCCGGGCCGAGAGACGUGUGGUGCCUCUUGUCCAGAUGGGAGAGACCGAUGCCAACGUGGCCAAGUUCUUAAACAGACUCAGUGACUAUCUCUUCACACUAGCCAGAUAUGCAGCCAUGAAGGAGGGGAAUCAAGAGAAAAUAUAUAAGAAAAAUGGCCCAUCAGCCGAGUCUGAGACACUCUGAAAUCACAGAAAGCGGGAGUUUGGAGGAUCCCUCCAUGGCGAUGGCCGUGGAGAGAGGAGCUUGCGCUUCUGGGGUCCUGGUUCCUGAAGAGCUCACCCAGAGAGACUGAAAGCAGCCUUUCAUCCCAACUCUGUUUUGCUCCAUACUGCCACCUUCCUCAAGGGACUGUGGCCCUUUGGGGAAUCUGUCCCUGACCCUGCUUCCCCAAGCUCUCCUGGGUCUUGGAGGGAUGUAGGAAUGAAUUGGCAUUGCAGGAAAGACAGGUAAAGUGAUUGCUGCAAUGAGAAGGAGCUGUGCGGAAAAAGAAUAAAAGUGAGAAAGGCUGGA